AUGUCUUUCAGGACUGGGUCGGCCAGCGGUUACGAUGGUCUAAGUCCCCAGCACCUCAAGGACUUAAUCAGUGCAUCUGAAGACUCCAGCAGAGCGCUUCUAGAGGACCUGAAGGCCUUAAUAAAUUUGAUGCUAUCUGGCAAAGUCCACCAUAGUCGCCCCAUAGCGGUCGGUUGCACCUACCCUCACAGCAUCCAUCCUCUCUUCAUUCAAAUCAUCACCAAUUCUUUUGGAAACAUAGGCAUUGUAUCACUAGCUGAGGCGAUCGACGCUUGGAAACGUGUUUGUCCCAGUGACGUUCCUGUCAACCCCAACAUCCAAAAGAAUUGGGAUGAACCCCUAAUAAAAUUGGCACAGUCAGAGAUCCUAAGUUCAUCGUCCACUACAGAUCGCGCGCGUCUCCUGGCGUCCGCUGAGCCGGAAUCAGGUUAUUGGCUCCAGGCAUACCCAUCAUCCAAUACCGGAACACUGUUAGACAAUCAUACAUUCAACUUAUCAAUCAGUUUGCGACUAGGAGCUAAUAUCAGCGAACCCCACCGCUGCCACUGCGGCGCCGCAGUAGACCGCCAGGGUCACCACGGUCUGUCUUGUCGACGCAGCGCCGGCCGCCAGUCCCGCCAUGCUUCCUUGAACGACGUGAUCCGCAGGGCCCUUGCCUCUGUCAACGUGCCGGCCACUCUCGAGCCGAACGGUAUCGCACGUGACGACGGCAAAAGGCCCGACGGAAUGACGCUCGUUCCAUGGAGCCGCGGGAGGCCUCUUGUUUGGGACGCCACCUGCGUGGACACGCUAGCGGCGUCACAUGUGACGGCCACAACAAGGGAAGCGGGAGCUGCGGCGGCACAAGCAGAGACAAACAAAAGAAGAAAAUAUGAAGCACUGGGGAAUGAUUACUUUUUUGUACCUUUCGGGGUUGAAACCCUGGGUCCGUGGGGCCCUGGUGCCAAACAAAUGUUCAGAGAGUUAUCCCAAAGACUGGUUGAGAAAACUAACGAUCCCAGAGCUGGCGCUUACCUCGGCCAGCGUAUCAGUCUUGCGAUACAGCGAGGUAAUGCUGCCAGCCUCUUGGGUACAUUGCCCGCAGCCUCUGACUUAGAUUUAGUUUUUUAUAUAUAGUCUUUGUUUUAUAUU